AUGCAAAACCCAUCCUGUCUACUCUACGGACCAGGCGAUGUCCGUUUUGAAGAUCAGCCCCUCCCAAUCAUAGAAAACCCCCACGAUGUGAUCGUCCGCAUCGCCUACAUAGGCGCUUGUAGCAGUGACGUUCACUUCUGGCUUCAUGGCGGCGUCAAAAAUAAUUACGUCUCGGAAGAUGAGCCUCUAGUACUGGGCCACGAGGCUUCUGGCAUCGUCCACGACGUCGGUCUUGAAGUCUUAAACCUGCAACCAGGUGACCCGGUCGCUAUCGAGCCAGGUGCACCAUGCCGACUAUGCAGUCGCUGUAAACUAGGAAAAUACAACUUGUGCCCGUUGAUGAAGUUCGCUGCGUCCCCGCCUUUCCAUGGGACGUUGACAAAGUAUUACAAAAUCCCUGCUGAUUGCUGCUACAAGAUCCCGCCUAGUGUGGGCAUAUCCUUUGGACUUGACGAGGCUGUCUUGAUUGAGCCGCUCAGUGUGGCUGUACAUUCUGUUCGCCAGGUUUGCGUACAACCUGGCGAUAAGGUCGUUGUUUUCGGCGCCGGAACAAUAGGAUUACUAUGUGCGGCUGUGGCACGGGAAUUCGGCGCUUCGACUGUAAUGUCCGUGGAUAUCAAUCGGGAAAAGCUUGAUUUUGCCCAUUCGUUUGUUCCGAAUGGACGCUUAUCGUUUUCAACCGCUAUACCAAACCAGUCCCUUUCGUCGGAGGAGAAUGCGCAGUGUUUGAGGGGGAUGCAUCGGAGCUCACAUUUUACAGAGUCCGAUGUGCCUGGCUUCGAUGUUGCUAUUGAGGCUACGGGAGUCGAGGCUUGCAUUCAGAUGGCUAUUCAUUCGCUGAGGGUUGGUGGCUCGUUCGUGCAGACAGGAGUUAGAAACAAGAAUGUUGUUUUCCCGAUUGCCACUGUCUCGGAGAACGAGAUCAGUGUUAAGGGAUGUCAUCGGUAUGGGGCGGGGGAUUUUAAGAUGGCGCUCGAGUUGGCCUUUACGAGGAAGAUUGAGUUGAAGCCGCUUAUCACUGACAUUGUUGAUUUUGAGGAUGUCGUUGAGGCGUGGGAGACCACGGCGCGUGGCGAGGGGAUUAAGACGUUGAUUCGGGGGGUUGGGUAUACGGAUGACCUGGAGGAGUUUGCAUUGGAGAGAAAUGGGACUUCGAGAUAUGGAUCGCAUUACGCGUGA